UGCUCGCUGUGCUGAGGCAGAGGGAGCCGCCAUCUUGGAUGCUGAGUCGGUUCGUAAGUGCGUCUCUGCCGUUUUCACGUCCGGAUUUGGCCGGUUCUCAUUGCUCCCUUUCCGCGGUGCUGCAGGUGAGAGGACUGGAAACUCGACCUGCAUCAAGUUUUACAAGGAUCGGGACCCAAGAGCGCCCGUUUAAUAAUUAGGAGGAACAACACAGCAUGCUGGGCUCUGGAUUUAAAGCUGAGCGUUUACGAGUCAAUUUGAGAUUAGUCAUAAACCGUCUUAAACUGUUGGAGAAAAAAAAAACGGAAUUGGCCCAGAAAGCAAGGAAAGAGAUUGCCGACUAUCUGGCUGCUGGGAAAGAUGAAAGAGCUCGAAUCCGAGUGGAGCACAUUAUUCGAGAAGACUACCUUGUGGAGGCCAUGGAGAUCCUGGAACUGUACUGUGACCUGCUGCUGGCUCGAUUUGGCCUCAUCCAGUCUAUGAAGGAGUUAGAUUCUGGUCUGGCUGAAUCUGUGUCUACAUUGAUUUGGGCUGCUCCUCGACUCCAGUCAGAAGUGGCAGAGCUGAAAAUUGUUGCUGAUCAACUCUGUGCCAAGUAUAGCAAGGAAUAUGGCAAGUUAUGUCGGACCAACCAGAUUGGAACUGUGAAUGAUAGGCUAAUGCACAAACUGAGUGUGGAGGCCCCACCCAAAAUCCUAGUGGAGAGAUACCUGAUUGAAAUUGCCAAGAACUACAAUGUGCCCUAUGAGCCCGACUCUGUGGUCAUGGCAGAAGCUCCUCCUGGAGUAGAGACAGAUCUUAUUGAUGUUGGAUUCACAGAUGAUGUGAAGAAAGGGGGCCCUGGAAGAGGAGGUGGAGGCGGCUUCACAGCACCAGUUGGUGGACCUGACGGAACAGUGCCAAUGCCUAUGCCUAUGCCUAUGCCAUCUCCAAACACUCCUUUCUCAUACCCGCUUCCAAAGGGACCUUCGGAUUUCAAUGGAUUGCCAGUGGGAACUUAUCAGGCCUUUCCCAAUAUUCAUCCACCUCAGAUUCCAGCAACUCCCCCAUCGUAUGAAUCUGUUGAUGACAUUAAUGCUGAUAAGAAUGUGUCUUCUACACAGAUUGUUGGUCCUGGGCCCAAGCCAGAGGCUCCUGCAAAGCCUGCUUCAAGGCUCACAGACACCUAUGACAACUUUGUGCUGCCAGAGCUGCCGUCUGUGCCAGACACACUCCCAACUGCAUCUGCUGGUGCCAACACCUCAGCGUCAGAGGACAUUGACUUCGAUGAUCUUUCCCGGAGAUUUGAGGAGCUAAAAAAGAAAACAUAGGCCUCCUAAACCAGGCAAGGUCCAAGUUCUGGGAGUUGAGACUGAGCAGUUUUUCCUUGUAACAAAGAAUCUCCAUGAAAUUGUUUUAUCUGUUAACCAUCACUGAGCACACUCUCCCUCUGGGCUCUCUUCCUGCUCUACCAGACUCUGCUGCUUUCCAGUUCUCCAUUGCUCCCAAGAGACUAACAACUGGGGAUGAUGAGGUUGGAGCAGCUGGCUCCUGGCAGCCUUUCUUGUCCGUUCCCUGUCAGUGUGAUCCCAGGUUCUCUCCUUCCUGUCCCACCAUCCCUCCACAGGGCAAUGAGAAGGUGAAAUCAUUGUGGGGAGAGAUGGCUGGAUGGUGGUGGAGAGGACUUCCUGAAGCGUCUCAGCUCUGUGCUGAGGUUCCAGACUUAGAAACAAACCCUCUGUACAGAGGAUUUGUGGUGAGUGAGAUUCAAGGCCAAGUGAGAUUCAAGGCCAAGGUGUGUAUUUUCACACUCUAACGUGAAUGGGGGAGAGAAAAAAAUGGCUCAGGAAGCCAUUAUAACAGUUCUCAGAAGCUGGGUCUUCUCAUUGACAUGCACACUACUCCUUGCUGCAGGGCACUGUUCCAUCUGGAUCCAGUUGCGAAGUUUAUUUGGAAAGUUGAAGGCCUCUCUUAGUUCUACUGGAUUCUCAGGGAGCCCUCUGUGGCCUUUGCUUUAUUUUGAGUGCUAUGUCUCCCUUUUAAUAGAGGGCAGCACUGUGUAAAUUCCUGUUUUUUCCCCAUGGCAUUCUGUUGGAUUGCAUUUGGCUAUGUACUGAGCAGAAGUCACCAGUCAAGGCUAAGGUGGGCUUCCAGUAGCCUUAAUUAGAAAUAUUCAAGUCUCUUGAGUAGUGAGCUGGAAAGCCUACAGAUUAUUGAAAAGGGAUUCCUGUUCUCGUUUGAAGACUUUAUGAUCAAGAGAACCUCUACAAACUGAUCUCAAAUAAAUUUUUGGUGCCUGUGUGGCUCUAAUGGUUUUGCUGCUUCCCUCAAUGGAUGAGACUAACCCUUUUGCCCCCUAGCUAAGGCCAUCUUUCCCCACAAGGGUGGCGUUGGGAUCAGAAGAUAUGACUUUGGCUUCUGUGUGGUAAAUCUGUACAUACUCUGUUCAAGCAACUUUAAUGUUUUUGGUUGAUUUGUAUCUCAUGGCUCAGUAGCUGCUAAUAAAGUUAAAAAUAUUGUG